AUGCCGGAAUCAGAUAUGCAAAUUCAUUUUAAAUUCGACCAAAAUCAUAUUUUUUUAUGGACUUUUCUAGCAUUGCAAAUUUUAGUUUUGAUUGCUUAUUUAAAUUUUUCCGCAUCUUGGAAUAAUGGAUCUCAUAAAAAAUUGUGGGGAUCUAAAGGGUCGAUAAGUUUUCUAGAUCAAUCGAAUCAAACUAUUUUUAGUAAAUUGGGUUUAAGUAAAUUCAAAGUCUAUUAUCAUUCAGAUGUUAACACAGAGAUUUACUUGAAGACUGAAAAAAUAGAAAAAUUUUUUAUUACAGUUAACGAUACAGUGUGCUAUCAAAUGGGAACAGAUGUUGAGUACAUGAAAAGAAAAUCAAAAUUUUAUAACAGAGUUGAAAAGUGUGAAUGUAUGCCAGGCUAUCAUGGGAACGAUUGCAGUUUUCCAGAAGUUAUAUGGAGAGCUUUCAUAGCAUUUAGACAGGAAGCCAUAAUACAAAAGAGAAGCAAAACCAGAAGAAUAAUACACAUGUUUGUGAUUACUCAUCCAGCACAAAUUCCUUUGGCUGCCAUUAAAAUUAACGAGCUCUUCGAUAUUGUCGAUCUUUUUAUAGUCGCAGAAUCCGACCUCAAUCAAAAUGGAGAAAGCAAACCUUUUUAUUUCAAAUUAAAAUUAGAUAAAGGUCUUUGCCAGGGUAAACAACAUAAAAUCCUUUUUACUCCUAUAUAUCAGUCAGGAGGAGAAAAAGAAUCAGCGAGUAAAAUAUCAUGGGAAAAAUCUCGUAAGAUAAUAAAAAAUCUGAGGGACGAUGACAUUUUUAUACAAUUAGAUUCGUUAGAAAUACCCAACUCUAAGGCACUUUUAUUUUUUAAAUUAUUCGACGGUUUUACGUUGCCUGUACAAUUUAGACUGAAAUGGAAUGUGUUUGGGUACUUUUACCAGCAUCCAAAUAAAGCAAAAAAAGUUACAGCAGGCUCUACGGUGUUAAUGUUGGAAAACUUGUAUGAUAAUGAUCCGAAUUUAAUACAAAGCCAAGUAUGGUUUGUGGUUGGCGAUUUAAAUCAUUAUGGAGGAUGGUUUUGUGAACUCUGUUACAAUAUUAAUGAAAUUCCUAAUUUUAUACAAUCUACUACUGACCAACAGAAUGGAAAAAAUUUUCUUAACCAUGAUCUCAUAGAUGAAAAAUAUUUAGAGCAAAUUAUAGGGGAUGGAAUUUACAUUGAUGGGAAAACUCAACUAAUAAACAACUACGAAGGCAAAGAUAAUUAUUAUGCUCCUGAAUAUGUGGUUCAACAUUAUUGGAAGUACUCUAAUUUAAUGAUUAAUUUAUAUAAUAAGGCUGAUUAUAACUAA